AUGCGACCAAAUCGACUGUGUUACUGUCCGCAAUGCUCUACUACAGCGGCCGGCUACAAGUCCGUCGCCUAUGUCACUUGGUCUCGACAUAAUCCUCCAGGAUCGUCUUACCUACCACCUCAGCCCUCUCAUCAGUCAAACCCAGCCAGUCCGGUUCAGUCAAUGCUCCCGCAGAUCCCGCCGAGCGUUGACUUUGAAGUCGGAAUUGACGACUCUCAGCCAAACCCUCUACCUCUUCUUCAUGACCGGGAGUCUCCUCCGCAGGCUCCCCCACCCGUUCAAUACAACGACGAAUUGGAGGCAGGGCACGACUGGAUGGAACUGGCCGAUAACGAUGACGACGGAGACAGUGCAUACAACGACGACUAUCCACCUCACCCGUCAAUGUCGCCGGCACCGGAGCCCUACAAUCAGCCUGUUCCUGACGACAUACCCUGGCCGUUUCCUCCAGGCGAUCCCAUCGCUCAGCAUUACAGUUUGGAGCCCGACCCAGAUCACCCUACAGGCCAGAGUGUCCGUAUCGACAUCGAGAACUUACAGAAACACCACCACCUUCCGGAGCAUCUCAGACAGAUAUAUACGGCCAUCGCUUAUGGAAAAGCUACAGGGCUCCCGAACGUACCCGCCAACGUCAUAUUGCAGCAGAUGACAAGCUUAGCGGAAGUAUGCUUGAACGAGGAGAUCGACGAGAAAACGUACAACGUUCGCACAGCGCAAUCGCGUCUCGGCGUCCUCCCGGACGAUUACAUCAGUCAAUGGAUCGUCUGCCCUAACAACAAUUGCUGGCUCAUGCUGGCCAUAUCUGAACUCUACCAGCUCGAAUCCCCGGCAUGCGUUGAUUGUGGAACCGAUCUCUACCGACUAAAUAACGACAUCCGUCGGCCGAUCAAGGUCAUGCCCACGAUGUCCCUCUCCAUCUCCCUCGCACUCCUACUCCAAGAUCGAGACGUCAUCGAGAAUCUACAAACAUGGCGGGAAGCUCGGCCGAACCAUGAUAUAGUCGAACCACAUCGAGCAAUGGCCACAGACAAAGACGCCCCAUUCCUUCAUCCGACCGAGCCGAUGAGUAACAUCUCAGACGGAUCGGCAUGGCGAUAUGCUCGAGUCGCGGAGACGAGGCGGGUGGGAGAGGAUGAUCGGGUAUACGACGAGGUUCCUUAUGAUGAAGAUUACCGGCACGUUGGACAGCACCAUGGCCUGCAGAUUAUACUGAACUGCGACUGGUUUGCCGUCAAGGGUGUUAUCGGAUCGUCCGUAGGCGUCGUCUACGCCUCGAUCGCCAACCUGCCUAUCACAAUGAGGUACAAAAAACGCUAUACCGCCGUUUUAGGGGUUAUUCCAGGUCCGAAAGAACCACCAGGCCUGUUAUUCAAUAAGGCCAUUGAACCCAUCGUCCGGGAUCUUCAACUUUGCGAAAGAGGAUUCAGGAUCGAUCUCCCGACCUGCCCCAACGCCUACAUCACCGCCCGUCUCCUGUUGAUCUCCUGCGAUCUUCCGGCUGCGCGCAAGAUGACAGGCAGCAUGGGACUGAGUCACAAAGCUCAUCCCUGCCCUCACUGCGGGAUCACGUUGGAUCAGGUCAACAGUCUCGAGGGAUACACAUGGCGAUCUUUGCCCAAAAAGCCCGGAACCGCGGCCACCAGCCUUCAAGCGGGAUUCGAAUACGAGCGUGCUACACCGGGUCGCCGGUUCGAGAUCGAGCAAGAAUACGGUAUCAGGUUCUCUGCCCUGUCACGCCUUUGCGGAUUUGAGCCGUCAGACUCCGCACCCACCGACCCUCUUCACAACUCUUUCCUCGGCCUAGUAAAAUCGUUCAUGAAUAUGUUGCUCAAGAGCGACUUGUUCGAGGGAUCUAUCGAGGGAGAAGCUCGGAUCGACGUCUUCAAAUCGUUCUUCGAAGAGGCAGACUACCCCGGUCACCUGGGUAGGCUUCCGACCUAUGCAAUCGGCCAGCUGGUCCGUCAAAGCGUGGGAGAGAGGACGCACAUCGGUUCCGGCCUCAAGGCCGAUCAAUGGCGCCGGGUGAUCGAAAUGCUGCCGAUCGCACUUUACGUUGCUUGGCGGGACGAGGGCACCAAUACCAUCUCGGAUUCGACGUUGGAUCCAGAAGAAGACCUUGAGGAAGUUCCCGUGCGAGGUCGACAGAAAGGAUCCCGCGGUAGAGGUCGUAGGAAGUCUAUUGGGCGGGACAGCAAUCGUCGGUCGAGCAGUCGAGGUCGUCGCCAACGCAGCGUUUCGGUCGCAGGGUCUACAUCGUCGUGUGGCUCCAGGAAGAGUAUGCGUUCCGAUGGAGAUGAUGCCGAAGCAGCCGAUCCGACGGGCAAAGAAGAUAGCUCUGGGGCUCUCAUUUUGAAUCGAUCCCGGUGGUAUCAAGCAGCGUUGGCACUCUCGGCUGGACUCCGCCUUCUGCAUUCACACAACAUAUCUGUUGACGAUGCAGAGGCUGCGGUAGAGGAUAUUGCAAACGCGGCUCGCACAGUGCUAUCGCUGAACGGCCAUCUUACGAUCAACUGGCAUAUUGCGAUGCACUAUGCGAGGUUCAUUCAACUCUAUGGACCCGUUGCCGGCUUCGGAUGCUGGGCUUUCGAACGGCACAAUGGAGACCUCUCGAAUGUGAAACAUAACGGCAAAGUCGAUAUGCCGACCACCCUGCUUAGAGCUUGGGUGAGAGAAGCACGCUUAGCCGCCAUCAUCAACAAUCCGGCUCCAAACGCUGGGGUCGCAGAGCUGUUAUCCUUAGAAGCCCUCCGGCAAUUCAAGCUGGCGCUCCAGGGGACUCUCAUGUUACAGGAGGCCCGGGGUCAAGCGAGUCGGUUCAAGUUACCGAACCCAUUUCAGCCCAACCAGAUCGUCGACCUUGGUCGGAAGGGCAUAUAUCUGCCGCUCCUCCAAUACAUGCAAAGAAACCUCCCUGAAUACCAAUUUAGGGAUGAAGCGAAUCUCGACGACGAUGGUCCUUCGUUGCCCAAAUGGGGCUCAUGCUACCGACUGUACACUCACGUCUUCUGCCACGGCUACAAAUUUGGGUCAUGCCUCUAUGGUCGAUCACAGAGGGACCGGCAUGCUCUCGUGAUCACCGAUCAACAGACCGGCGUCAGCCAUCUCGGCAGGAUCCAGCUGUAUCUGCAUAUCGUGCUAUCCCUGCGACACACAACAGAGAAAUUGGUUCAGGUGUUGGCGUUGGUCGACUUCUUUGAACCACAAGAAAGCUCAGAGUUUCCGUGGCAACACCGAGAGAUCGACCUCGGGGUCCGGAUAUAUAAGAACAAGGUCACAACCCGGGCAUUUGUACCCGUGACCAACCUGCGUGCCGCGACCACUGACGGACAUGAGCCUGAAUUCGAGGCUGACUAG